AUGGAGCUAACUAUUCUUCUUUGUGCUCUAUUUCUAGUUUUGCCUUUACUUGUUACUAAAUGGUACAAAGAGUGUAAUAGUAAGAAAAAAUUACCUCCAGGCCCUUGGAAACUCCCAUUCAUUGGAAACUUACACCAUCUUGUUGAUUGGCAAUCAUCUGAGUUACUACCUCAUCGCACUCUUGCUAAAUUAGCCUCAAAACAUGGAGAUUUAAUGCACAUGAAACUCGGCGAACGCGAAGCCAUUGUUGUAUCCUCACCUCAAAUGGUUAGAGAAGUGAUGAGAAAACAUGAUCUCAACUUCUCUAAUCGACCAACGCUUUUGGUUGGAACAGAGAUGUUUUAUGACCAUGCGGAUAUGGGAUUUUGUAACUACGGUGAUUUCUGGAGACAAAUGCGUAAAAUUUGUAUUCAGGAAUUACUUAGUCAUAAAAAUAUUCAGUCAUUUUAUCCCAAUAUGCUCAAUGAGGUAGCUAAUCUUGUUAGAUCUAUUAAAAGUUCUGCUUCUGAGGGUGGAAGUUCAAUCAACAUGACGGAAACGUUGUCUUUGUACACGAAUUCGAUCAUUUGCAAAGCAAGUGUAGGCAGGGCUUGUAAAAAUCAGGGGUCUUUGAUUGAAAUCAUGAGAACAGUGGCUGCUUCAGCUGGAGUGUUUGAUCUCGCGGAUCUUUUUCCAUCGAUGAAGAUGAUUCAUUUCAUUAGUGGAUUAAAAUACAAAUUGCGGAAAAUGCAUGAUGAGGUUGAUGUUCUUUUAGAAGAAAUUAUCAAUGAACAUGAAUUCCAAAAUAGUGAGACCUCAGAAGAAGAUAUAGUUGAUGUUCUAUUAAGGCUUCAAAAGAGCAAAGAUUUUUCAAUUCCUAUCACAAGGGAUAAUAUCAAGGCUAUAAUCAUUGUAAUAUUUUCAAGAUCAUCUUCCACUUCUGGCCAUGCAAAUAGAUUUGGUGAAGGAAUCAAUGUGAAAUUUUCUUUCUCGACCACAAUCAUGGAGUUCUUCUUCUCCUCCAUUACCCUACGAAAACCCGAACUUUCAACACGCAGCCAAGGACCAAAUUUUACAUUCCCAGAUGGGAAUUUACAUGUGUUUUGAUGAUUUCCAAUACGACCACAUUUGUAACAAAACAAUCCCAAAUUUUCAUAUUUGAAAGGAAUCCAAAUAUUGGGCAUCACCCAAAAUCCAGUAACCAAUGGAUUUUUAAUAUCCAAUUUGACCCGAAUCCUCAUAAACUUACCCCAAACAGUUUUGUCAACACACAAAUACUCUCCUAAAAAAUGACCAAUCAUGAAUGCAUUUUGUUGGGUGAAAGAGAAAUUUGGUAAUCCAUGGACUUGAACCCAAAAAUGUAAGUAAAAGGGUAACU